ACAAACCCACAAACAAAAGGCAACGAAGGAAAAAAGAGGGAUCAGUGCAAGAGGAGAGGGGAAAGUCAUCCCUUUGAAUCUAAUGGAAGUAGUGGUUUGCAUGGGCGACUUAGUUUGAAGAAGCCAAAGAUAUUGACACCAUCACUUGAAAAUCCUUUGGACAAUAUUGUGCCAAUGACUAAUUCUAUUCCUUCCCCAGCUGCUUCACAAAUGAGUAACAUGUCAAAUCCUAAUAAAUUUAUUAAGAUCAUUAGUGGGCGAGACAGGAGUCAGAAAGCUAAAGCACUGAAGAUUUCUGCUGGACAGCCUGGUUCUGGAAGUCCUUGGUCACUAUUUGAAGAUCAGGCUCUUGUGGUCCUGGUACAUGAUAUGGGUCCAAACUGGGAGCUUGUAAGUGAUGCUAUCAAUAGUGCUCUCCAAAUCAAGUGCGUAUUUCGGAAACCAAAAGAAUGCAAGGAGCGUCAUAAAAUUUUAAUGGAUAGAACUACUGGGGAUGGUGCAGAUAGUGCUGAAGAUUCAGGGUCUUCACAGUCUUAUCCUUCUACAUUACCUGGAAUUCCUAAGCAGGGUAGUGCCAGGCAGUUGUUUCAACGUUUGCAGGGGCCAAUGGAGGAGGAUACACUGAAGUCUCAUUUUGAGAAAAUUAUAAAGAUUGGGCAAAAGCAACAUUUCCUUAAGAAUCAGGUUUGAAUCCAAAGCAUUUAUAUCCGGACACAUUCUA